AUGCUGGAGGGGUUCCUGCUGGACAAGUACCCCAAGCAGCAGCCCGUCACGCAGAACACCCUGCUGAAGGUCGUCAGCAGGAAGUACAGGCAGCACUUCGCCAAGAUCCUCAGGAGAGCCUCUGAGCAUGUGGAGCUAGUGUUUGGCCUGGAGUUGAUGGAAAUCAACCAUAGCAGGAAGAUCUACGCCCUCAUCAGCAAGCUCAACCUCAGGGGCGAUGAAGGUCCAAGUGAUGAAGGAGGGCUGCCCAAGUCCGGUCUCCUCAUGGUGCUCCUGGGCAUUAUCUUCUGGAAGAGUAACCACGCAACCGGGGAGGGGAUCUGGGAAUUACUGUGUGUUGGAGGUCUAUGCUGGGUGGAGGCACUGGAUCUUUGGGGAGACCAGAAGGCUUAUCACCAAAGAUCUGGUGCAGAGGAAGUACCUGAAGUACCCAAUAGUGAUUCUCCACACUACGAGCCCCUGUGGGGCCCGAGAGCUUUUGUUGAGACCAAUAAGAUGAAGGUGUUGGAGGUGCUGGCCAAGAUCCUCCAUAUGGCCCCUAGUUCCUUCCUAGACUUCUAUGACGAGGCUCUGAGAGAUCCGGCAGAGAGAGCAGGGCUGAGAGGCACGGCCAGGGCUCCAACGAUGGCUGAAGCCAGUGCCCCUUCCAGGGCAUAG